CUUGAUGGUCAUGGAGCAUAGCUGAGCUCGCACUAUCACUACCACAAUGUCUACCCUACCGGACGACACGCUACGAAAGAUCUUGGUCCAGAUUCAACAGACCGCCGUCCAGUCACAGCGUGCUCUUAAUAUUUCUAGACAGCAAUCUGCCUCAAAAGAUCGAGAGCGGAGAAUUCUCCAGCUUACCAUUGAUGAGAUCCAAAGCAUCGAAGGAGAUGUCAACUUGUACAAGGGCGUUGGUAAAAUGUUUAUGAUGGUUCCCCGGAAAACGAUGGAGCAAGAAUUCAAAACCCAGGAGAAGGAGCUGACAGAUGACAUCAAUAACUUGAAUAAGAAGGCAAAAUAUCUCGAAAAGCAAUUUAACGAUGCACAAUCUCAGCUGCGCGACAUUUUCCACCAUAGCCCGAAGCAAUGAGACCUCAUGUAACAGUUAUCCAGCAUCCACUACUGUAAUAUCAACGGAUCCGACUGUACAACGUAACGCAUGAUAUGAGUCCUGCAAGUACCUGAGUGUUCGACAGUCGCAUUUUAUGUAUCGGCACCACCGGAAGUCACAGUCCGAAUUCCUUCCCGCCUUGGUUUCCCCUAGGCGGAGCAUAGACGAAGGAAGUCAGUUUCAUCCCUCAAUGUCCAUUUAUAUUCAGG